AUGGAACGACUCCCGAGUGUCUGGAUUGAAGAUCAGACUAAACGCAAUGUGCCACUAAACACUAUGGUUAUUCAACAGAAAGCCAUAAGUUUAUAUAAUGAUUUGCAGGAGGAGGAAGGUGCAUCUUCUGAGGUUAAACCUUUUCUGGCUAGUAAAGGCUGGUUUGAAAGGUUUAAGAAGCGCCUUAAUUUACACAACAUAAAAAUGAGCGGUGAAGAUGCCAGUGCUGAUACAGAUUCUGCUAAUAAAUAUCCUGUUGAGCUGAAGAAAAUUAUUGAUGAAGGAGGUUACACACCAGAACAAGUGUACAAUGUUGAUGAGACUGGGCUUUUCUGGAAGCGCAUGCCUGCUAGUAUUUCCAUUGAAGAAAAAUCAGCACCAGGCUUUAAAGCAUCCAAAGAUCGUUUAACACUUCUUCUGGGAGGAAAUGCUUCAGACAAUGCACCAAGCCACCCAGUGAAUUUAAAUGAUCUUUCUGAUAAUGUGAGAGUGGAGUACAUCCCCAAGAACACAACUUCCUUGCUCCAGCCAAUGGAUCAAGGUGUGAUAGCUAACUUUAAGGCAUAUUAUCUUAAGAAAACUUUUUUGCAGCUCAUAAAAGCAAUUGAUGGUGAGGAUAAACCUACAAUUAGGGACUUCUGGAAAAAGUUCAACAUCUUGGAUGCUGUGGAUAAUAUAGCCGAGUCCUGGGAUGAAGUGAAAACCUCAGCUAAGAAUGGUUCAUGGAUAAACAUAUGGCCAGAGUGUGUCCAUGAAUUUCAAGGUUUUUCACAAGCUGAAAGUCUACAGCAAAUUCAACAAGACAUUGUGACACUUGCAAAUAAUGUAGGCUUUGAAGAAGUAAUAGAAAAUGAUGUGGUUGAGUUGCUAGAAUCCCAUAGAGAAGAUUUGACUAAUGAAGAUCUGAUGAUGCUGGAACAAGAGCGAGCUGCAGGACAAGAAGAGGAUAUAGAAUCUCCACCCACCCCACUUCAGUUGACAACAAAGGAUGUCUAA